AUGGUUUUAUGCGAUAAUACAGAUUGCGGUGAGUGGUUUCAUUUUCCGUGUGUUCAGCUGCGUGCCAAGCCGAAAGGCAAAUGGUUCUGUCCGCAGUGUCGUGGUGAACGAAGCGAUGGUUCCUUCGGUGAUAUGGUUUUAUGCGAUAAUACAGAUUGCGGUGAGUGGUUUCAUUUUCCGUGUGUUCAGCUGCGUGCCAAGCCGAAAGGCAAAUGGUUCUGUCCGCAGUGUCGUGGUGAACGAAGCGAUGUGAUAAAUGCUGAUCUGGAAGAAUGA